UUUUUUUUUUUCUCAAUUUCUAUUUUCGAAUUUAUAGUAAAUAAAUCAACACUGUUUAAAUAGUGUUUAUGAAUCCUAUAAUAUGGAAAAAGAAAUAAUUUUAGAAACUGCAGCAAGUUAUCAAGAUAGAGACGGUAUACUGAUUCUAACUCCAAAGAGACUACAGUGGAGUGUUCAAGGAGAAAAGUCACCGACGAUCGAUAUUGCAACAUUAGAAAUAAAAAAUUUGUUCGUUGGAAAGCCAAAUGUAGCCGACGCAAAAUUUAAAAUUAAAUGUACUGACUAUAAUAAUCAAGAAAUAACACAUACGAUUGUCUUAAAAUCCCCGUCAGCAUGGCAAGAUCUUGAAAUAAUAAAAGCCAAAGUUAGAAAUAAAGGGCCAGGGCGAUCCGCUGCACCGUCUCCCGCCCCACAGCAGUCUGCUGGAACUUCACCAGUACAUUAUAAAUCUGCAGCUCCCUCGCCAGCAUCUGGCGGUUCUUCACCUGCUGUAUGGAAUAAUAAUAAUAAGAAUGGUACCCCAACAAAUGGUAGAAAUAGUACGACACCGUUGAGAAAAGUUACUCCGAGGGAAAUCAAUUUACGUAUGAACUUGCUAUUGAGAGACAAGAAGCUAGCAGAUCAACACAGAAUGCUUGUCGUUGAGCAGAAAUGUAUUACGGAAGAGGAAUUCUGGGAAUUGAGAAAAAAUCUAUUACGUGAUCAAGAUACGCGAACGAGCCAGCAGAAGGGUCGUUCUUCGACUAUGCCUAACCUACGCCCUGUUACCGAAGAAGGUGGGGAGGCCAAGAUAAAUAUCACUCCGCAAUUGAUCAAUGAGAUAUUUGAAGAAUAUCCAAGGGUUAAAAUUGCUUAUGAAAAAAAUGUUCCUACUAAGAUAAGUGAAGAGGUCUUUUGGAAACGUUAUGUUCAUUCUAAGUUUAACGAUCGAAACAGAGGUACAUCAAAUGUAAACAAUGACGAUAUAUUUGAGAAGUGUUGGGCUGAAACGGAAGAUGAUUUAAAUCAAGAAAGGGAACAUGGGCGAAAGAGAUUAAAAAUAAGUAAUCUUAGAGACUUGAGUGCAACAAAAGAAGACCACAUGGAGAUUGACUUUGCUCCAGAUGUCACUAUGAGAGCGGGUCAGGGAAAAAUUCUUUCUUUAUUGCGGAGAAAUAAUCGACAUGGUGAACGAAUAUUAGAGACUUCUUGUGAAAAAUCUCGUAAUUAUAAAGAAGCGAUGGCUCAGCAACAAAAGGAGAUUUAUAAAGAUGAUAUUGUAAUGGACGAAUUAAUUGAAGAGGAAUCACCCAAUACGUACAAGUUAGAUAUUACAGAUCAGCGUGAAUAUUUUGCUAGUCAAGCAACUGAAAUUGACAAUGACGUUGAAAUGGUUGAUGCUGAUCAGAGUUCUAUUAAGCAUCAAAAUUCUAUUGAAAUAUUAAAUAAAUUCCGAGAUAAUUUUAGAAAUUGGAAACCUAACUUGACUACGAAGGUAUAUACUUUUUAACCUUAAAUAUGUUAUCCUUUUCGUUAACUAAUACAUUAUGCACAUGUUUUUUUUGGUAAGUCGCUGUUUCCAAGAAAAG